UUGUUAUUUUAUUCACUGUCUCGUUUGAAUUCCAUCCAAACGACCAUCCUAAGCGGUACAAAAAAUUGGUCAACAGUCAUAAGGACACAAAAGAGUGUAUAAAUUCGGAAUAAGCAGUUGGUGAAAUAUUAGGAGGAAACUGCUAUAUUGGAUUACCCCGAGUCAAAGUUUCGUCAUCACUUUCAACUUCUUUCACUUUCAUCAAUGAAGAUAAAUGGAGAUCAAAUAAAGUUAAGGGAAGCUGUAGAACAUGAAUCAAAACUUUUUCGCGAUAGGCCAAUGAGUCCUAUGGAUACGGCAAAUUUUUGGGUCCAAUAUAUCAUGAGAAAUGGAGAAGAUUCUUUAAAAUCACCAGCAGUGAAUCUUUAUUGGUGGGAAGUUGCUCUCUUAGAUGUGUACGGAUUUAUUCUUCUGGGCUGUAUUGCGAUCAUUGAUUUAGCUAUAUUCACUACGAAGGUUGCUGUGAGAAGAUGUUUCAAAGCAUAUACUACGUUUUCUGAAAUUAAUAAAAAAAAUCAACUAAACUAUUGA